UAUUACUACGUCAAACUAUGUUGAAAUACCGAGAUUUCUACCAGUGUUCGUGAUUUGUGUUUUCGUAUUGUAAAUAUAAUAAAUAAAUAAUUUAAAAUACUAAAAUACAUUAAAACAGCUUUUGUAAUAAGUUAUAAGUUUUUUAAUAUUGAUAUGUUAAAAUGAAUUUUAACUAUUCGCUACUAUUCUUUAUUAUUGACAUUCUCAGUUAUGUAUCCUGUGAAAGACUCCAUAAACAAAUAUACUCAUCUAUAGAAGGUGGUGCAGCAUGUUUUAGAAGAUUAAAUGGAACACAUCAAGUAGGAUGUUCCUCUUCAGAUAAAGGUGCUGUUGGUGUGGUGGCCUUAAUACGUGAUGUGAGUGAUGCCCAAUGGUUAACACAAAAUGCAACAGCUGGUCCAUAUAUGGCAGUAGUUGGUACUUCAUUAUUCUAUGAUGUUAUGGACUUGUUACUGGACCAACCUCAAAAUGUGGCCGGUGUCUUAGUAUUUGAUAAUGCAACAUUAGGUACCAGUUCAUUCACACAAGAUUCAAAAUGCCCAAAUGAAUAUUCAUCAGGUCCUGGAAGCCAAUGUUCUUCUAUAUCAAAAGACAACAAAGUAUGGAAUGAGAAAGGUACUGAUCUGUUAAGAAAAAAUAUUCCGUUUCCUAUAUUUUUCUUACCAGAGUCAAGAUAUGAGGAGAUUACAAAAAUAGAAGGAUGCUAUGAAAGGUACAAUCUUGACAGAAGUAAUCAGAAAAAUAUGCCAUUAUGUUCAAUUCAACUGCAUUCUUUCAUGUUUGCAGCAGUUAACAGUGCAGUCUGUUUAAGGAGAUCUGCAACAACAGUACUCUUAACUCCUACUAAAGUGUGUGAUCCCUUGGGUGAUAAUAAUGUAUACUACUCUCUUUUUCCUCGAGGAAAGGGGUUGGAAUCAAAAACAAAACCGGUGAUUUUAGUUACUGCCAGGAUUGAUUCUGCUUCACUUUUUGAUGGUGUUUCCCCUGGAGCAGCUAGUUCAGUAGUGGGGAUGGUGACAUUAAUAACAGCAGCCACAAGUCUUGCACAAAUGAUUCCCUUAAAAGAUGCCAAUUUAUAUGAUCGCAAUGUGUUAUGGACUUUAUUUAAUGGCGAGACGUUCGACUACAUCGGAUCUCAACGUGUCGCAUAUGACAUCAGCCGCGGUGCAUGGCCUCCUUCUGCUCCGUUAUCACCGUCUGAUAUACCAUUGCACAUAGAACUAGGACAAAUUGGAGGUUCUCUCAUGUUAAACAAAGAUAAUGAGUCUUGGCCAUUUUAUGCUUACACACCGGAUGAUAUAAGUAAGGUAACACAAAUAUUAGAAGAACUAAAUUCAAAUCUCGGUGUACACAAAAUGACACUGAGCCCAGUCUUCACAGAUAACCUACCACCAUCCUCGCUACAUUCUUUUAGACGUAUUCUCAAGAAUGUCACUGAGAGUGGAUCUUUGACUGAAGUGCUGUUGACAGAUUUUAAUGAAAAAUUCACUAACAUGUUUUACAAUUCUGCAUUAGAUGAUUAUCAUAAUAUCGGAUUUCUGUAUCACAACAUAAGUAUAGGCAGUGAUGGAAAAUUUAUACCAACGGAUGAGCUUAUAUUAAAUGGUACCAUGAAAAAAACUGAAAUUCAAGUGAAGAUUGCACAGUUCGCGACCGCGGUGGCGCGUACUCUUUACAAAGAAGUCGUCGGGAACCCAUAUGCAGGCAGUGUUACAGCAUCGGCCCAUCUGGUGGACGAAAUGCUGUAUUGCUUCCUGAGGAGCCAGGCAUGCCGGCUGCUACUGGCGGCGGACUACGGAUCGAGCGGGUCCGGCGGUCGCGACGAGCGGCUGCCCGAGCAGCCGGCGCCGCUGUACGUGGGCGUGGCGGCGUGGAGCGGCACCGCGCCCGUCUUCGCCGGACACCUGCUCGCCUUGCUCACCGGCGAUCACCUCGCCGUCAACCGCACCAAGUGCGAUGCGCUCACCGAUCCUAACUAUUCAUACUACUGGCUAAAAGGCUGGAACCACACGGGUGUCUGUAUCCAAACAACUAUGAAUUUUAGUCAAGCUGUAAGUCCCGCAUUUAUAACACCAGAUUACGAUUUCACGUCGGGCACGUACUCUACGUGGACGGAGUCGGUGUGGCUGUCGAUGUGGGCGCGCGUGUUCGUGUCGGCGGGCGGCGGCGGCGCGCGUGCGGCGGCGGCGGGCGGCGCGGCGGCCACGCUGCUGGCGGCCGCGCUCACCGCCUGGCUGCGCCGCCACGCCGCCGCCGUAUUCUCCGCGCCGUCCACACAAGUCCUCCACGAUGCGUCCUCCGCCGCCGGCAUCCUAAGGACGGUCAACUGUUAAAGCGGAAACAUUUCUAUGACGCCGUGUGGCAAUAGUAAUAAAUAAUAUAAAAUAUACCAUUCCAUGACUAUAGAUUGCAAGAUGAUAAUUGUUUUCUUUCAAAACUUUUUUUAAUUAGGUAUUUGUAUAUACAACACCGCAUUCUGCUUAGUUGCAGUCUGGAUUUCCAUAGAGUAAUGCGUAGCAGUAGAGUGUAGCGCAUAUGUACUUGAAUACAUAAAAAUAUUGUCGCAUCGCAUAUCGAUAGGCAAUUGUCCCCUUUAAUCAAACAAGAGAAAUUUUGUUCUAUUUUGAAAAUUUUUAGUUAUGUUAUAGAACUUAUGUUACAGUAUUAUUUAAAAACAAAAGUGAUCCUAUAUUAUGUAUAUAAAAUUAUUUCAAGGCUGUUAGUAUAUUUAGUAUAAGUUUGAUAACAUCUUGUUGACAUGAAGGAAUGUGUGUGUCUGUAACAUUAGCAGAAACUAAUUUCAAUUAACAUUAUUUUUCUUUAAUAUUACAUGCCGAUAUAAUUUGUUAUAUUAAUAAUAAUUAAUAGUCCCAUUGUUCAUUGUUACUUUUUAUUUAUACUCUUAAUAAAUUAAUUCCGAUCUUAGAA